AUGGUUUUGCCUCGGCUCUGGGAGAGCUUCAGAUUCCAUCGCGCGCGCCUCGCCCUCCUGAGCUGCUUCUGCACUAGAAUGUUGCGGCAGGUCUUGCACAGAGGGCUGAAGACGUCUUUCGCCAGACUCGGCCACUUCGUCGCCAGCCACCCGGUCUUCUUCGCCUCCGCACCUGUGCUCAUCUCCAUCUUGCUGGGGGCCAGUUUCAGCAGGUACCAGAUCGAAGAGAGCGUCGAAUACCUGCUGGCCCCCAAACACAGCCUGGCCAAGAUAGAGAGGAACCUGGUCAACAGCCUCUUCCCGGUCAACCGCUCCAAGCACAGGCUCUAUUCUGACCUGCAGACCCCUGGGAGAUACGGCAGGGUCAUCAUCACCUCCUUCGUGAAGGCAAACAUGCUGGACCAGCACCACACUGACCUGAUCUUAAAGUUGCACUCUGCUGUGACCAGAAUCCAAGUACAAAGACCUGGUUUCAAUUACACGUUUGCCCACAUCUGCAUCCUCAGUAAUGACAAGUCCUGCAUAGUGGAUGAUAUUGUGCAUGUCCUGAAGGAACUGAAGGCUUCUCGUGUGUCUAAUCAAACAAACUUUGCCAUCACCUAUCCAAUCACACACUUAAAGGAUGGCAAGGAAGUGUACAAUGGGCAUCAGCUUGGUGGUGUCACAGUGCACAGCAAAGACCGGGUGAAAUCGGCAGAAGCGGUUCAGCUGACCUAUUACCUGCAGGCCAUCAACUCCUUGAAUGACAUGGUGGCAGAAAAAUGGGAGUCCAAUUUUUGUGACACUGUCCAGCUUUUCCAGAAGUCCAACCCUAAUGUUACCAUGUAUCCCUUCACUUCAUCUUCUCUUCAAGAGGACUUCCAGAAGACAAGCAGGGUGUCGGAGCGUUACUUGACCACCAGCCUGGUCCUGGUGGUCACUUUGGCCAUGCUGUGCUGUUCCAUGCAAGACUGUGUCCGCAGCAAACCCUGGCUUGGCCUCCUCGGUUUGUUAACAGUGAGCUUGGCCACUCUGACUGCAGCUGGAAUAAUUAAUCUGACUGGUGGGAAAUACAAUUCUACCUUCUUGGGGAUACCCUUCAUCAUGUUAGGUCAUGGGUUAUAUGGAACUUUUGAAAUGUUGUCCUCCUGGCGGAAAACUAGAGAAGACCAACAUGUAAAAGAGAGGACGGCGGCUGUAUUUGCAGAUUCUAUGCUCUCCUUCUCUCUCACCACUGCCAUGUACCUGGUCACUUUUGGAAUAGGUGCCAGCCCCUUCACUAACGUUGAAGCAGCCAGGAUCUUCUGCUGCAAUUCCUGUAUUGCAAUUUUCUUCAACUACCUCUAUGUACUCUCCUUUUAUGGUUCCAGCCUCGUGUUUACUGGCUACAUAGAAAACAACUACCAGCAUAGUAUCUUCUGCAGAAAGGUACCAAAGCCAGAGGUAUUGCAAGAAAAGCCUGCCUGGUAUCGCUUUCUUCUGACAGCCAAAUUCAGCGAGGACACAACAGAGUCAGAGGAGACAAACAGCUAUGAAAGUCACCUUUUGGUGUGUUUCCUCAAGCGUUAUUACUGUGACUGGAUAACGAACACUUACGUCAAGCCUUUUGUAGUUCUCUUUUAUCUUAUUUAUAUUUCCUUUGCCUUAAUGGGCUACUUGCAGGUCAAUGAAGAGUCAGACCUUAGUAACAUUGUAGCAACUGCGACACGAACCAUGGAGUAUACUGCUGCUCAGCAGAAAUACUUCAGUAAUUACAGCCCAGUCAUUGGGUUUUAUAUCUAUGAAUCAAUAGAAUACUGGAACAUGACCGUUCAAGAUGACAUGCUAGAGUACACCAAGGGGUUUGUGAGGAUAUCUUGGUUUGAGAGCUACUUAAAUUACCUUAGAAAACUCAACAUAUCCACUGGAUUACCCAGAAAGAAUUUUACAGAUACGUUAAGAAACUCCUUUCUGAAAACCCCUCAGUUUGCUCAUUUUUCAGAGGAUAUCAUUUUCUCCAAGAAGUACAAUGAAGUUGAAGUUGUAGCCUCUCGAAUGUUUUUGGUGGCUAAGACAAUGGAAACCAAACGAGAAGAGCUUUACCGCCUCCUGGAAACCUUAAGGAAGCUCUCUCUCAAAUCUAAGGUUAAAUUCAUUGUUUUCAACCCAUCAUUUGUAUACAUGGAUCGUUACGCCUCGUAUGUGGGAGCCCCCUUGCAGAACUCCUGCAUCAGUGCUUUAUUCCUGCUCUUCUUCUCUGCAUUUCUCGUGGCAGACUCUCUCAUCAAUGUAUGGCUCACGCUCACUGUUGCCUCAGUCGAAUUUGGAGUUAUAGGUUUUAUGACCUUGUGGAAAGUAGAACUGGACUGUAUUUCUGUGUUGUGCUUAAUAUAUGGGAUUAAUUAUACCGUUGACAACUGUGCACCUCUUUUGUCAACAUUUGUGCUGGGCAAGGAUUUCACAAGAACUAAAUGGGUAAAGAAUGCCCUGGAAGUGCACGGGGUAGCUAUUUUACAGAGCUACCUCUGCUAUAUUGUUGGUCUGAUUCCUCUUGCAGCUGUGCCUUCAAAUCUGACCCGUACACUGUUCAGGUGCUUGUUUUUGAUAGCAUUAGUCACCUUCUUUCAUUGCUUUGCCAUUUUACCUGUGAUACUGACUUUUGUGCCACCAUCCAAGAAAAAGAGGAAAGAGAAGAAGACUCCUGAGAACCGGGAGGAAAUUGAGUGUGUAGAAAUGGUAGACAUGGAUAGCACCCGAGUGGUUGACCAAAUUACAACCGUGUGA